ACCUCCCAAAAUGGCUCCGUGAUAUGACGUCCAGGGAGCAAGAGGCUCGCAGCUACUACUCAGAAGACGUGUCCAUGGACAGCCGAAGCUUUUUAGAGAUGUUGCUGCUCGAUGGCUGCUUCAUUUUUAUGGCUUUGAAAGCCAUGGAUUCCCUUACGUUCGAUCCGAAAUGGCCAUCAGACCAAAUCAUGCUUGACUUGCUGAUGCUCGAGAACCAGAUCCCUUUCUUUGUCUUAGUCCAACUGUACAAUGAGAUCGGUGGGGAACAAACAUUCAGGAAUUUUGCCCGGAGCUUCGAUGGGCCUUACACUGGCACUUUCAUUCAUUAUGUCCUCCGUUCCCUUGAUCAGACCCAUAUGACUGGGGAUUUGGAUCCCCCUAUCCCCAUUGAGCGAGUCCUCCAUUUGUUGCACCUAUUUCGCUUGUCCUUGCAUCCUGCUAGGCUCGAGCCUGCUGCUAGGUUCGAGCCCGUAAAUGUAGCCAAACAAAACAUAAUAGACCAAAUUUUCCGCACUCCAACUGGUGUUCCUAGCGCGACAGAGCUCCAGGAUCGGUCUGCUGUGAAGUUCAAGAAAAAUUCAGGCGGCAUCUUGGACAUAAGUUUCCGCAACGGGGUGAUGAAGAUCCCGUUCCUGGAAAUUAAUGAUGGCAACCAAACAAUUCUCCAUAAUCUCAUCGCCUUCGAGCAGUGUUAUCACCCCCACGUCGAACGUCAUGUCACAACCUAUGCAGCAUUCAUGAACUGCCUGAUAAACAAAGAACGUGAUGUGGCUCUGCUUGAAAGGAGAGAGAUUUUGUUGAACAGGCUACCCACCAGCAAGGAUGCGGCCUUUUUCUUCAGCAAGUUGAGUCCAAGGGCCAAAGUUAGCCCGAUAUAUUUAAAAAGCCUAAUUGAUGAUGUGUGUAAAUAUCACAAGAAGAAACGACAUAGGUGGUAUGCUGAUCUAAAGCUCAAUCAUUUCUCCAAUCCACGAGUGAUCAUCUCGCUGGUGGUAGCUGGUGUCUUCCUCGUUCUCACCUUCAUGCAAACUUAUUAUUCUGCCAAGUAGAUGAUGGCUUCAAUCUCUUGCCGCAAUAAAGAGAAGCCAUCAUUGAGGGUUGAUUGUCUCUUUUGAUCAUUGGA